CCAUGCACUUCAUCAUCUCAUCCUUUGUCUUGGCUCUGGCUGCCACGACUGUUGUGUCGAUGCCGUCCCCCGCGAUCCACCCCGGAUUCCAGGGACUCGCGAGCGGCCCGGGUCGUCGUGCCGGUGGGUCGCCCAAGCUGACCCGCCAGGCCGACAACAGCUCUCAACCCAGCUUCUCCCCAAACGUGGCUGGUGCCGUCUUAAAUGCGACUGCAGGCGCAAUCACAGGCGCCACCGGGUCGUUCGUGAUUCCGAGUAUCAGCGUACCUCAGGGCGAGGACCCAAGUGUCACCUACACCGCAGGUGUUGAGAUCGGCAUUGAUUCGCAAUUCUGCCCGACUGGCGGCAUUUUGGGUGGUGUCCAGCUCACCCUCAGCGGUGGCUCACAGAACAAUAGUGCCUAUGUUGGUUUUUUGCCUAAUGAGAAUCUCUUCGUCGAGGGCUUGAACUUUACGACGGGCGACAACAUCACGAUAAGCGUCUCCGCGCAGAACGCGACGUCGGCUACGGUGGUCUUCAUCAACCAGAGCACGGGCCUGAUCGUCACCGUGCCCGGCACUUCCGGCACUCUGUGCAUGCAAGAAGCAGACUGGUUGGUACUGGACUUCCAGGGGCCGGAGAUUCCACUGCCCUUUGUCAACUUUGGUGCGCUCAACUUCACUGGCGCGUCUGCCGAGACCCCCACAGGUUCUCUCGACAUCUCUGGCGCGUUGAUCUUCGACAUAGAGCAGAACGGCACUGUUCUUACUUCCGUCUUGACUUCGCCCUCGACCGUCGAUAUCGCCUUCCUCUAAUGCGGCAGAAAGGAUGUAAGGAUGUAGGUCCGAUAUUUAUUUAACAUUGCUUGUAUGC